CCGCCGCCACCCGGAAAGGCCUCGGCUAGGGAGGGGGAUCGAAGCAGAGAUCCGGCCGGACGUGGGGACAUGGUGACGGGAUGGCCCGCAUCGCAGACGCCUUCCCUCUGCACCUGCUCGUCUGGCACAACCGGCACCAGGCGCUGGACAGCGAGCUGCGCAAGGGACAGCAUGAUGUCGAGAUGUUGGACCCACGUGGCCGGACACCCCUGGAGCUGGCCGUGUCCCUGGGAAACCUGGAGUCUGCACGAGUGCUGCUGCGACACAAUGCCAAUGUGGGCCGGGAGAAUGCCAACGGCUGGACGGUCCUUCAGGAGGCCGUGAGCACAGGAGACCCAGAAAUGGUGCAGCUGGUGCUCCAGUAUCGUGAUUACCAGCGUGCCACACAACGCCUAGCUGGCAUCCCAGAACUUCUCAACAAACUACGUAGAGCUCCUGAUUUCUAUGUGGAAAUGAAAUGGGAGUUUACUAGCUGGGUGCCCCUGGUCUCCAAGAUGUGCCCAAGUGAUGUAUACCGGGUGUGGAAGCGUGGCGAAAACCUACGGGUUGAUACAACCUUGCUGGGUUUUGAGCACAUGACUUGGCAGCGGGGCCGGCGUAGCUACAUCUUUAAAGGCGAAGAUGAGAAUGCUGUGGUGAUGGAGGUGGAUCACGACAAGCAAGUUGUGUACACUGAAACAUUGUCACUAGCCUUGCAUGAGCCUGAGCUGAUGCUAGCUGCCAUGCAGCCUUCAGAGGAGCACGUUGCCAGCCGGCUCACUUCACCCAUCGUCUCCACCCACUUGGACACGAAGAACAUUGCCUUCGAGCGAACCUCCCUUCUCUGCAGGAACAAAUCUGGCAUUUGGGGCUGGCGCUCAGAGAAAAUGGAGAACAUCAGCGGCUAUGAAGCUAAGGUUUACAGUGCCAUCAAUGUGGAACUUGUCACCAAAACUCGUACAGAGCACCUGUCAGACCAGGACAAAACGCGCAACAAGGGUUCCAAGACUCCCUUCCAGUCCUUCCUGGGAAUUGCCCAACAGCAUGCUGCCCAGAAUGGGGCCCCCGUGCUGCAGUCUGCUAGCCCUACCAACCCAACCGCUAUUACCCCCGAGGAAUAUUUUGACCCCAACUUUAACUUGGAGUCCCGCAAUAUUGGCCGCCCUAUUGAGAUGUCCAGCAAAGUGCAGAGGUUUAAGGCCACCCUAUGGCUGUGUGAGGAUCAUCCCCUCUCCCUGGUGGAGCAGGUAACACCCAUCAUUGAUCUGAUGGCUAUCAGCAACGCCCAUUUCGCCAAGCUGCGUGACUUCAUUACCCUCAAGUUACCGCCUGGCUUCCCUGUCAAAAUUGAGAUCCCCCUCUUCCACGUGCUGAACGCUCGGAUCACUUUCAGUAACCUGUGUGGUUGUGAUGAGCCCCUGAGUUCAGUAAGGAUCUGUACUCCUACACACAGUCCAGGGAGCACUGAGGAGCUGAGUGCCGGGGCAGAAGCAGCCAAUAACACCAAAGUGUACCCUUUUCCCUGUGAAGUGGACCCAUCAGUAUUUGAAGUGCCCCAGGGCUACACAAUGUUGGGUGCAGGCCGCACAGAGCCCAUGAGGGAUGAAGAUGAUGACUUACUUCAGUUUGCCAUUCAGCAGAGCCUUCUGGACGCUGGCACAGAGACUGACCAGGUUACUAUAUGGGAAGCUCUGACCAACACACGACCAGGAUCCAAUCCCCCCUCCUAUGAUGAGGAACUACAGCUGGAACGAGCUAUCCAGGAAAGCAUGUUCCUUCAGUCAGGGCCAGGCCUGGGCACAGUGGAGACAGGAGGUAGCAAUGGCGCUCCUCCUUCUUCUGAGAGCAGCCCAGCUCUCAGCACCAACGGUGGCAGCUCCUCUGCCUUGCCACCUCCCUACCCCAGCUUCGAUGAGCAGCUGCGUUUGGCCAUGGAGCUGUCCUCACGGGAGCAGGAAGAACGGGAACGCCAACGCCGCGAGGAAGACGAGGAGCUGCAGCGCAUCCUCCAGCUCUCGCUGACGGAGAAGUAGCAUCCCACCCUGCCAGCAAGAGGGCCCUCGCCUCCCUCAAGCCUCACACCAUCCAGCCUACCAAGCCCUUGCUCUCAUUGUAUUUUUACCCUCUAGUGGGGUGGGGGUGAGUUCCAUGCUUUGCCCUUUCCCCACUAGAGUUGGCCUGGAUACGAGAAGACAGCACCUUCUGCAUUUCCUGGGACUCAGUUCUACCCUGGUAUUAUUUCCUGUAAGAUAUUUUAAAAAUUGCUUUAUAUCCUCAUCCCUCGUUGAGGAAAGUGUUUUAUAUAGCACCGGGAGGGGGAAAUGGAGCAGCAGAUAGGAGUAGAGGAAGUGCAGUAAGUUGAGGAAAGCAGCAUGUCAUGUCAUCUUGGCAUCAGUGUAUGGUUUUCCAAGACUUACAUAAAUGCCCUGCUGUUUCUGUCCUUGCUAUGCUUUUGGCCUGUUGGGAGACACGGCUUAGCUGGGGAGGUGGCAAUAGAGGGGAGGGGAGUCCUGGAGCUUGACGUUUGCAGUGAGAUCUGAAGCCUGGCUGCAGCGUGAUGAAUAACUUUCAUUCCUGCCUUUUUUUUUUCCUUCCUCAUCGUGAGCUGCUCCCCGCCCUCACCUGUGUGUUUAAUUUAUUUUAUUUAUAUCUCUGAAGAUAUAUAUGAGAAGGGGAGCGGGAGGUGUGUAAUUUUUUAAAAACUGAACCCAGUGGGUCGAAAGGGAACAGCUGUGCCCACUCCUGAGUGGCUUUUUCCUGUUGUCUGGGGACCAGACACGGGGGUGGGGGGGGGAGGCUCUGGGCAGCAAGAACUACUAAAUAAAACAAAGAAACCAG